AUGGCACCAUCAGGAAAAGGUUACCCACCACCCGUCCCACGAGUUCUACGUCGCACACCUGGUGACGGUUCACCUCCACCUCAACCACAACCAUCACAAGAACCGAGUCAAGCUCUGACCGCAUUAUCGAGAUCUUUGAGAAAUCCCUCCCCUACCUUCCCUAAUCUCAUUCCCAGAUCUACACCACGUGCACGAGAUAUCGAUCCUAGAUUAGUAUCUGUGCCUGAAUCUCAACCACAGUCUCAUCAAGACACAUCUAGAGCCAGCUCCAGAAUCCAAUCCCGAACAGGGAGCUCACGACCUCCACCCCAAGAUAACUCGCUCCCAAGACCUCGAGAUCUUAUACCAAGACCUGGACCUAGAGCUAUUCCUCAUCUUGUACCAAGACCUAGAUUAACUCCUAUGGAUAGAGAUUUGAUUUUGGGUCAAGGUCAGACACCAGUUCAAACUCAAGGUCAAACUCAAAUUCGAACGCAAGUUCCAGAAGAUCAAGACGAAGCACAAACUGGAACUGGAACUCGAGCUUCAGAAAGGUCUCAUUUUCAGGGGCAAGGUCAAUUCCAGAUACAACUUCAAGCUCAACAACCACCACAUAUCGACCAGCAGAUUCGUGUUCAAAAUCACGACGAUUUCUAUGCGAACUAUCCCUCUCCAUUUCCUACUAGGUCCCAUCCUUUCUCAGAUUCCCAAACGACAAUUGCGCCUAGAGACCAAAAUUUACAUCAAGAAUCCCACCGAAAUCUACAUCAACGUCAAUUUCCAACACAAGUCCCUUUGGAAACUCAAAAUCAGGAUCAAAAUUUCUAUGAUAAUUAUCCAUUUCCUUUUCCUACUCCACAAAAUCCUUUCUCAAACUACCAGGCGGGCGUUUCAUCCAGAGAUCAAGAACUCCAUCGAGGCACCCACCGAGAUUUAGUUCAAGCUCCAACUUCAGUACAAGCUCAAGAUGAACCUCAAAUUAGGAACUUGGCUCGAGCUAGCAAACAUCCUCGACUAUCAUAUUCCAAUUCUCAUCCGAACAGCAGCAGGAGCGAGGAAAGUCAAGAGGGAAACAGAGAUAAAAACAGAAAGAAAAAUGGAAAUGAAACCUCCAAUGAAAUCGGAACUGAAAAUGAAACUCGAAACGCAACCCAAAAUGAGCGAUGCAAUCCCAAGGAUACAUCCUCAGAAUCUCCCCUCAGCACACCACCUGAUUCCGUUUCCACUUCACCAGCUCUCGCACCUCUUCGCAACUUUCCACGCUUUGGUUCUUUUUCACAGAGUCAGAGAUUCGACCGGUCUCCUACCAGUAGUGCUAGAGCUCGAGGUGGACAUAGCGCCAAAAAUGGAAAUAGAAAUGUAACCGCAAGUAGAACCGGAAAUACAAAUCUCCUCUCAUCCUUCAAUCCCUCUAACCCCUACACAGAACCCCCCAUUCUACCCAGCACCCUAGAUGUCGCAAAUUGCCCCACUGCCGCGCAGAAAAAAUGGAUGUAUGCUGUGCGGAAGGAGGGGAGGAGGAGUGAUAGGAAUGAAAAUGGGGGGUUUGGUAGGGGGAUUGAGGGGCAGAUGGUUCGUUUGUUUGGGGGAGGGGGGGAGGGGGGUGUGUAG